AUGGGGGAAGAGGAAGAUAGAAUGGCACCCAGGCCUUCAACGUCGACUUCACAGCCAUUUUACACGCAACAAAAUGAAUUUGGAAGUCCAAACUUAGACCAUCACACUCACCAUAUGCCCUACCCUUUGGCGAGCAAUCUGGAGGAUUUUAUUAGAGUUGAAGAUUCAUUACCGAUGCCCACUUAUACUCACUACCCGUCCUCGAGUAAUCCGGAUGACUUGAGGCAAGAAACGCCCACCGCGUCAAUUACACCAAAUGGUGAUGAAUUUGAAGAAAAUGUUGGAAGUUGUCAUGAUGCUGAUGAAAUGUUCUUUGACAUAAAUGAAGAUUUGGAGGGUACGACUGUUGUCCCGGAUGAUGAGGUACAAGUUGAACCACCAAGAUCCGGGUUGGAGUUUGACAGUGAGAAAGAGAUUGUGGCGUACUAUAAGCAGUAUGCCAAGCAAGAGGGUUUCGGUGUAAGGACACAGAGGACUAAAAGAGAUGAUGAUGGGAAGCCUGUGUAUCUGACCAUUGGUUGUGCCCGUGGUGGAAAGUACCAUCCAAAGCCAAACAGUAAUAUGUCGAAGCCACGGGCAACCACUAAAACGGGUUGUAAGGCCAAGGUAAAUGCAGCGCUGAACAAAAAUGGGAAAUGGGUAUUCACCACUACUGAGAAUUCUCACAACCAUAUUACCGUGAGCCCCAAGAAAAGUAGACUAUUGCGAUCUCACAAGCACCUAGAUCAGUAUAGUCAAAGGAUCUUGGAGUUGAAUGAUAGAGCCGGUAUAAGAAUGAAUAAGAACUUUUAUUCUCUUGUUGUUGACGCAGGGGGUUAUGAGAAUCUAGCUUUUCAAGAGAAAGAUUGUAGGAAUUACAUUGACAAAGCUAGAUAUCUAAGGUUGGGCAAAGGAGGUAGUGAUGCACUUAAUGAGUAUUUCAAGAGAAUGAGAGAUCAAAAUGAUGGCUUCGUUUCUAAUAUGGACGUGGAUGAUGAGGGAAGGCUACGGAAUGUGUUUUGGGCUGAUGCACGUAGUCGAGCCGCCUAUGAGUAUUUUGGAGACGUUGUAUCAUUCGAUACAACGUACCUAACAAAUAGGUACGGUAUGCCUUUUGCUCCAUUCGUUGGUGUUAACCAUCAUGGGCAGUCCAUACUAUUUGGGGCGGGAUUGCUAUCAAGCGAGGACACACAUAGUUUUGUUUGGUUGUUCCGGAUGUGGUUGGAUUGCAUGAAGGGUAGGGCGCCGAGGUCUAUCAUAACCGACCAAGAUAGAGCAAUGAAGAAUGCGAUUGCUGUUGUAUUCCCUGAAACUCGCCAUAGAUAUUGUUUAUGGCAUAUCAUGCGCAAACUUCCAGAGAAGUUAGGCUCGCAUUCCAAAUUCAACCUUGGGUUGAAGACUGAUAUCCAGUCGGCAUUAUAUGAUUCACAGACCACCACAGAAUUUGAGGAGAGCUGGGGUCAACUACUUGAAAAGUACGAUCUACACGGCAACAAUUGGCUUCAGUCAUUAUAUGAGGAAAGGUCCUUUUGGGUUCCUGUUUUCCUGAAGAGUGUAUUUUGGGCAGGUAUGAGCACAACGCAACGGUCUGAAAGUAUGAAUGCAUUUUUUGAUGGGUAUGUCCAUGCUGGGACGACAUUGAAGGAAUUUGUCGACCAAUUCGAUAAUGCUCUUAGAAAGAAAGUGGAGGUCGAGACAACGGCCGAUUUCAAUUCACUUAACCAAACUAUCCCCUGCGUAUCCCCUUUCAACAUUGAGAAGCAGUUUCAAUCACUCUACACGAAUGCAAAGUUUAAGGAGGUCCAAAAAGAGUUUAUGGGCCUAAUGUGUUGUAAUUGUUGGUUGUUUACUAUAACGAAGAUGAGUGUGAGGUAA